AUGAAGGGCUUCUGUCUGCGGUCCAAGUCUGAGAGUGAAGUCUGUAUCAAGAACCACAUUAUCAAGAUUCAGACUCAGUUCGGCACGAAAAUCAAGUUUGUUCGGCACGAUGGAGCGCAUGAGUUUGCGACCAACUCGAUCAAGACCUUCCAUGAAGAUCAUGGUAUCGAACAACAGGUCACGGUGCCGUAUGCACACCAGACCAACGGCACCGCAGAACACGCGAUAAGGACCAUCGUCACGAUCGGACGCAGCUUGUUGCAUCAUGCAAAGCUGGAGAAGUGUUUCUGGGCUGAAGCGGCAAUGACGGCGAUCUACAUCAAGAACCGCCUGCCUUCACCCAAGAUCGACCACAAGACUCCGUUCGAGAUCUUGUACAAGUCGAAACCAAGUGUCAAGCACAUGCGCGUAUUUGGAUGUCGGGCGUUUAUCCUGACACCAAGGGAGAAGCGAUUGAAGUGGGACCCAAAGGCUCGUGAAGGGAUGUUCAUGGGCUACGAAGAAGCGUCAAAAGCUUAUCGAGUGUACGACAUUGAGGCGGGCCAAGUGUUGAUCAGUCGUGACAUCACAUUCGACGAAUCGACUUUUGACUUUUCGAUGGACCGACCAAGUGACGAUGAUGAAGAUGCGGAGUUGGACCUCGACCUCCUGGCGAUCAACGAGGACGACGUGCGUCAAACCGUCUACAAGCAGACUGGCAAGCGCAAGAGUGAAGCAAGACCCGGCAUGUCACGUUCAGCUCGCCCUCGAACUGGGUUGGAGCAAGCAAGUGCGCCGGAACACGUCUCCAACCGUCACCAGAAACGACGAUCAAGUGCUCCAGAAAUGGUGUCUGAUGACGAAGAAGAUGCAAGCUUCUACGAUUAA